AUGGUCAGAAUCAAUACCAGUUCCAUCUUCAAGAGUGUCGAUCUCGACGAUGCUGGCUCUAUCCGCAGGGUCAUGGUUGCGCUGGACUAUUGCCUCGCGAAUAGAAUGCUCAACAAUGCAACCCCAGAGUCAGAGCUAUUCAAGAGGCAGAAAAAUUCCAAGAGAGUACGCUUCAUCGAAGCUACGAAUGGGAGCGAUCAGCAAGUCUUGGCUGCAGCAAGAGAUAUGGAGAUUUUAGUCAUUGGCAUAGUAUUCACAGUACCUCAGGCCUUCCCGGAGGAGUAUGCAGCAGCAGAGGCUCGGCUCAACGGAGGAAAAGCUACUGACAGCUUUAUGACUGCUCAGCAAAGUUCUCAAACUCUUCAGCAACGGGCUCCUGGCUCCUUCGGCGAACCAAAAUACAGCAGCCACAAUGGGGCGAAGCUCGAGGAGCUGAAGCAAAACUUGGAGUCAAAGUCGUCGAAGAAAUUCGGAGCUCCUACUUUGAACGUUGCAUAG